CGUUCAGAACAUUCGAUCGGAGCGCGUCCGCGUGCUGUACAUUCCGACGCGACAGCGAUCCUCGUGCUGCCGCGACCACGGAAGUCCGAGGAAGUCCGAAUCGCCAAGUCGCCUAGUCGCUUUGAAGAUACUUGAAGGACUUUGCGAGGUCCUCGGGCUAGGAAGAGGACAAUUUCGAACGAUCUUGCUGUUUGUGGGUGUGUCUGUGUGUGUCAGUGCAGGUCUGUGCGUGUGUUUGCGGCGGAGGAGUGCUUGUUUAUGGAGUUCAUGUGUCCUUUAGUGGAGUAGAAAAUCGGUUUAAAAGGUUAAAACAGUAUGAUCCGGCCCACGGUCCCCAGGCUCUUGGGGGGCCUGGGAACUAAGGAUACCGGGAUGGCCGGAACCGGGCUCGGUCUGGCGCUACUACUUCUAUCCCUACUUCAGCUACUACACCCGUCAGCGGCUGCGACUUGCAAUCAGACGGUGUGUGAUUGUGAUGGACUUAAAGGCACGCAGGGACAGAUUGGACCACAUGGCGUACCCGGUAUGGGUGGCGAUCCAGGAGACGUAGGAUUCGACGGACCAUUCGGCCCACGCGGCGAACCGGGUAAUGCCGGAGAGGUCGGCACAACGGGUCCAAAAGGCUAUCGCGGAGACGUAGGAGAACGAGGUCCAAUGGGAGCGUUCGGUUAUGCUGGGCUUCCCGGUGAACCAGGCUUCCGUGGUCCGUUCGGAAUCGAUGGUUGCAACGGAACGGACGGAGCGAUGGGUUCCCCCGGCUAUCCUGGUCCGCCCGGUCCACGCGGUCCUCAGGGACCUCCCGGUGCUCAAGGCUAUCGUGGAGACUCCGGCGAAGGUGGCAUCAACUCGAAGGGCACCAAGGGUGAGAAGGGGGUCGGUGGAAUUCCGGGCCAGCCCGGUUUGCGGGGUUUUGCGGGCGAGUGGGGUCCCCGCGGAUACGAUGGUAUUCCCGGUACGCCUGGAGAUGAUGGCCGGUAUGGUCUGAAGGGAGAUAAGGGCGAUCCAAGCCCACCGCUCUGCCCCGGCGAGCCGGGUGAACCCGGUGCACCCUUCUAUUCGCUGUACGCCAAGAACGGAACGGUCAACAUCGGUGUAAAGGGUCAACCGGGUGUGGCCGGGCCCGACGGACUACCCGGACAGCACGGUAUGAAGGGUGAUUCCGGAAUGCAGGGUGAACGAGGCACGAAGGGUUUCAAGGGUGAGGAAGGCGCCAUCGGUGACCGUGGCAAGCAGGGUAAGGAAGGUCCACCGGGUGCGACCGGUGAGAAGGGAGAGAAGGGUGCCCCGGGAUAUGCCGGACGGGAUGGCGAGGACGGUGAUAAGGGACCGAUGGGAGACGAUGGUCUAGCGGGACGGCCGGGACAACAAGGAGCUCCGGGAGCGAAGGGCGAGUACCGGCCGGAACUGGCACCGAUCGUUAUUGGCCCCCAAGGACCUCAAGGAGACGUUGGACCCCCAGGACGGGCCGGAAUGGCCGGCAUUCCCGGUAUGAAGGGACGGCGUGGUCCGAUGGGACCACCGGGACCACCGGGAGAUCCGGGACUCGAUGGAGCCCGCGGUAAGAUCGGCAUCUCGAUCCAUGGCCAACGGGGAGAUGACGGAGAAAGUGGUCCACGAGGUUUGAUCGGUUCGCGCGGACUGCCCGGCACGCCCGGUACGAAAGGCCAACCCGGUUUCCCGGGACGCAACAUGCAAGGACCGAACGGAGAACCCGGAACGCCCGGAUUGAACGGAGAGUACGGUGAGAGCGGCGAUCAGGGCGACGAUGGAGAGCCGGGUGAUAAGGGAUUGCCGGGAAUCGGUUACAACAUCACCGGGCCACCCGGUCCAGCUGGAUUGCCUGGCCGUGCCGGUCCACCCGGAGACUGGGGUUUCGAUGGUUACGCCGGCCAGAAAGGAGACAAAGGAUUCCGUGGUGAUGACUGUGGUACCUGUCCACCGGGACCGAAAGGAGGGAAGGGAGAUGCGGGCGAUAUCGGACAGCCCGGACUCGAUGGAUACGAUGGUCGCCGAGGAUUGCCAGGACCACGAGGCAUCAAGGGCAUCUACGGUAAACCGGGCGUGCGAGGUGAAAAGGGCCGUAAAGGUGAAAGCGGAGACUCCGGUGAAGCCGGAAGACCGGGACCACCAGGAAUACCUGGAAGGCUGAUCGAUAGCGUUAGUCAGCGAAGGGCCGAUUCUGGCGAUGACGGAACCUUUGGACCACGUGGUGAGCAAGGAGAAACCGGAGUUCCUGGUGAUACCGGACCGAUCGGCUACGAUGGACGACCCGGUGAACAGGGAGAGUACGGCGACGAUGGUGAACCGGGACGCCCCGGACAGGAUGGUCUGCCCGGAAUGUCCGGACGUGAUGGACAGCCUGGUCGCGAUGCCGUGGUCAAUCAGUACAACGAAUGGUCGAUUCGCGGUGUACCCGGAGCUCCUGGUGAUCCUGGACCGAAGGGAGAGCGUGGUGACCAGGGAGAUCGGGGUGAGGCCGGUGCGACGUCGGAAAUGGAUUUCCUGAUCAUUGGCGAUAAGGGCGUGAUCGGCGAACCGGGAGACCCCGGACAGAAGGGCGAGAAGGGCUACAAAGGUGAGAUGGGAUUCCUCGGAUUGCGCGGAGUAGACGGACCACCCGGUCUCCAGGGCGUCAGUCUUCAGGGUCCGGAAGGAUUCAAGGGAUAUUACGGCAUCAUCGGCGACCAUGGACUGCCCGGUCUGGCCGGUGUCGAUGGAAUUCCCGGUCCGGACGGUAUUCCGGGUUUGCAGGGUUUGCGCGGCCAGCGUGGUGACCCCGGCCGGCCGAUACUGGUGGGUGAGAAGGGCGUCGAAGGUGAAGGUGGUUUCUAUGGAGAGAUCGGCGAUAAAGGCUUCAAGGGGCCGGAUGGAGUACGUGGACCAAACGGUGUGACGGGUGUGAAGGGCGAAGUUGGCGAACCGGGACUCUACGGAACUCCGGGAUUGCGUGGCAACAAGGGCCAGAUGGGAGACAUCGUGUACGGUGACCGAGGUGCUCCGGGUGCUCCUGGACGUGAUGGACGUGCGGCCGCGUUCGGUGAUAAGGGUGUGCGUGGUGCACCUGGCCCCGAAGGACUCCAAGGACCGAAGGGAGAGACGGGCAGCAUCGGUCGCGAUGGAUUACCAGGUCUGGCCGGUGAAGACGGACAACCCGGUGAGCGUGGAUUCCCGGGUAGAAUGGGCGAUAUGGGAGAGGAAGGCGAAACUGGUGACCGUGGACCCCAAGGCGAUAUCGGAUACCCUGGACUGAGCGGUGCCCGUGGACUUCCUGGAUUCCGUGGACCAAAGGGAUUGUCCGGAGAUCCCGGCGAUAUGGGAUUGCCCGGACGCGAUGGUGCGCUGGGCAGGAAAGGAGAACGGGGUGACAUCGGAGAUACGGGACCACCGGGAGUCAAGGGUGGUGCGUCGUUCAGCGGAAUGAAGGGAGAAGUUGGUGAACCGGGAAGACGUGGUCCACCCGGUUACAAUGCCCCUACCGGGCGAAUGGGACGCAAAGGUGAAGAAGGUGACGCAGGGCUGCUGAUCGAAGGUCGUCCGGGCAUCAAGGGACAGAAAGGUGCCCCCGGAUACAAUGGACUCCCUGGGCGGCCAGGCUUCAAGGGUGAGCGUGGUGAUGAAGGCGUCUUCGGGCAGAAGGGUAUUGCCGGAGAUAAGGGCCGAGAUGGGUAUCCUGGUAUCGCAGGACGCCCGGGACGUGUUGGACCACGUGGACCGAUUGGUCCACGAGGUGCGUCCGGACAGCGUGGUGAAACCGGAGAGCCAGGUGUUGACGGACCGCCAGGAUUCUACGGUGAGAAGGGGCUGCGUGGAGAUAUCGGACCAGUCGGAUACACCGGACAGCCUGGACAACGUGGAGAUCCUGGAUUCGCCGGAUUACCCGGAAACGUUAUUUCAAAGCUGGCCCAGAAGGGAGAGCAAGGAGAUCCGGCACCGGAAGGCCCAGAAGGUGAUCAAGGUCCACCGGGUCUGAAGGGUCAGCGAGGAUACCAGGGACGCAAGGGCAACCAAGGGCCGGCCGGAUAUCCGGGAAUGGUCGGCAUCGAGGGACACGACGGACCGAAGGGACAGCGCGGUGAACCGGGCAUCAAAGGACAACCUGGAGAUCUGUACGAGCCACCAGAGCGUGGUGAUGCUGGUGAUGCAGGAUACGAUGGAUUCGCCGGACGUCCCGGACUCCCGGGGCAAAAGGGAGCUCCUGGAGAUUAUGGUGAUAACGGACCUAUCGGUAUGAUCGGUCUGCCGGGCUUCGUUAACGGUGCGCUAAAGGGCAGCAAGGGAGACGUCGGUUUCGAGGGACCUCCGGGGCUCGACGGACUACCGGGAUUGCCCGGUGUCGAAGGACAACCUGGCCCGGUGGGUGUACGCGGAUUGCCGGGAAGCAUCGGACCCGUGAUGCCUGGUUUCCGAGGAGAUCCGGGAGAGGACGGAUUGCCGGGAUUGGAGGGAAUGCCAGGGCCUACCGGAUUCCCUGGAGAUCGGGGAAGUCCCGGUCUACCAGGACUUCGGGGCAUUUCCGGACCACGAGGAGAAGUGGGAGAUGUCGGUGAAGAAGGUUUCCACGGACGGAUCGGAGUGAAGGGCGUUAAAGGUGAGGUGGGAGAUCUGCCAUCGCUCAUCAACUGGCGGCCAACGCAACCGGGCGACCGGGGACUUUCCGGAAGCCGAGGUUUGCCCGGUGAUGAAGGCGAUGUCGGUCCACCGGGCUAUCCGGGAUUGCGCGGUCCGAAGGGUCUACCGGGACCGACCGGUGAGGAAGGACCUCCGGGACAACCGGGCAUCAAAGGAGAACGAGGUUUGACCGGUGCCCCCGGUAUCGAUGGGCUCGAUGGACUUCCGGGCUUACCGGGAAUACCUGGAGAUGAUGCGGCACCACGGCCGCCUCCGAACAACCUCGGAUAUCUCUUCACGCGCCACUCGCAAAAGGUGGCCAUUCCCGAAUGCCCGAUCAACACGUACAAGCUGUGGGAUGGAUACUCGCUCUCCAGUGUGAUCGCCAGUAG